AUGCAGGCUGGGUCUUCGGCGAUAAGGAAAUUCAUCGGUCGCGUGGAGAACAAGACUGUAUCGGCUCCCCGGCCUCUCAGCGCAGUGGUGGUGAGACACCCGCUGGCAAGACUCGCCUCCGCCUACAGAGACAAGUUCUUGAAUGGGAAAGCACGCUUCGAGUAUGACGAUGAAUGGCAAAACGUCACACAGAGCACCGAAAGCUGGUACACACGCUUCAAUAAAUACUGGCUGCCUGCACUCAUAUUUGGUAAUGCCUACAAUUUAAGCGACCUUGUACAACGGUUCAGGAACACAUCUUUCACUUUCAACCAAUUCCUGCGUCACGUGGUCUGGACCCAUGAAAUGGCCAUGCCUGAUGAACACUGGAUGACCUACACAGAGAUGUGUGAUCCUUGCCGGAUGAAGUUCGAUUACAUCCUUAAGUUGGAGACGAUACAGGAGGAGAUAUAA